AGGCUUUUCCUAGGAGAGAGCCUAGAACCAGAGGGAAUGGCCCCUGGGACCCAGAAACAUCCAUCCCAGGAGUUGGUGACAUUCAAGGAUGUGGUUGUGGACUUCACUGAGGAGGAGUGGUGCCUCUUGGACCGGUCUCAGAAAGCGCUGUACAAGGAGGUCCUGCUAGAGAAUAUCCAGAAUCUACUGUUCCUUGAGACCAUGUUCGAGGAAAAUGAAAUAACUAGAAAGCUGGGAAUUUUUUUGGAAGAGUGUGACCCGCGAAGAUACAGGAGUGGUGGUCCCUGGAACUUCAGUUUGAGAGAAAUUCAUGACUUUAUUCUCAACGCAGAUAAAAAAAGUGGUACUGGGGAAAUGCUUUUUGUAAGUAAUGAAGGUGGGGAGGCCUUUCCUCAUCAACAAAUUCCUGUUAAAAAAGAGCCUGAGGAAUGUAAUGAAUGGGAAGCACAUCAAGGAAUCCACAUUGGAGAGAAGCCUUAUGAAUGGAAUCAAUAUGGAAAUUCUUUUACACAGAAAGGCCAUCUUGCUAGACAUGAAAAAAUCCACACUGGAGAGAAACCUUAUGUAUGUAAUCAAUGUGGAAUGGCUUUCCCAUAUAACUACCAUCUCAGUAGACAUCAGAGAAUCCACACUGGAGAGAAACCAUUUGCAUGUAAUCAGUGUGGAAAGGCUUUCACACACAGCUCCAGUCUUGUCACACACAAGAGAAUACAUACUGGAGAGAAACCUUAUGUAUGUAAUCAAUGUGGAAUGACUUUCCCAUAUAACUACCAUCUCAGUAGACAUCAGAGAAUCCACACUGGAGAGAAACCAUUUGAAUGUAAUCGGUGUGGAAAGGCUUUCACACACAGCUCCAGUCUUGUCACACAUAAGAGAAUACAUACUGGAGAGAAGCCUUAUGUAUGUAAUCAAUGUGGAAUGGCUUUCCCAUACAGCUACUAUCUCAGUAGACAUCAGAGAAUCCACACUGGAGAGAAACCUUUUGAAUGUAAUCAAUGUGGAAAGGCUUUCAUGCAGAACAGCCAUCUUCGUGAACAUCAGAGAAUCCACACUGGAGAGAAACCUUAUGUAUGUAAUCAAUGUGGAAAGGCUUUCCCAUGUAGCACCUAUCUCAGUAGACAUCAGAGAAUCCACACUGGAGAGAAACCUUUUGAAUGUAAUCAGUGUGGAAAGGCUUUCAUGCAGAAGAGCCAUCUUGCUGAACAUGAGAGAAUCCAUACUGGAGAGAAGCCUUAUAGAUGUAACCAAUGUGGAAAGGCUUUCCCAUGUAGCACAUAUCUCAGUAGACAUCAGAGAAUCCACACUGGAGAGAAGCCUUUUCAAUGCAAUCAGUGUGGAAAGACUUUCACACGGAGGUACCAUCUUGCUGCACAUCAGAGAGUCCACACUGGAGAGAAACCUUAUGUAUGUAAUCAAUGUGGCAUGGCUUUCUCCUAUAGCACCUAUCUCAGUAGGCAUCAGAAAGGCCACACUGGAGAGAAACAUUUUAAAUGUAAUCAAUGUGGAAAGGCUUUUACACAGAGGUACUAUCUUGCUGAACAUCAGAGAAUCCACACUGGAGAGAAACCAUUUGAAUGUAAUCAAUGUGGAAAGGCUUUCACACAGAGUUCCCAUCUUGCUGCACAUCACAGAAUCCACACUGGAGAGAAGCCCUAUGUAUGUAAUCAGUGUGGAAAGGCUUUCCCAUGUAGCACCUAUCUCAGUAGACAUCAGAGAAUCCACACUGGAGAGAAACCAUUUGAAUGUAAUCAAUGUGGAAAGACUUUCAAACAGAGGUACCAUCUUGCUGCACAUCAGAGAAUCCACACUGGAGAGAAGCCUUUUAUAUGCAGUCAGUGUGGAAAGGCUUUCACACAGAGUUCUCAUCUUGUUGCACAUCAGAGAAUCCACACUGGAGAGAAGCCUUAUGCGUGUGAUCAAUGUGGAAAGGCUUUCACAAAGAGCUCCAGUCUUGCUGCACAUCACAAAAUCCACACUGGGGAGAAACCCUAG